AUGGCUCAACUGAUUGAGAAUCACAGAGAUGCAGCUGAGAUUUACCAUGGUGAAGCUCUCUGCAGGCAAAAAGUUGGUGAACUGCUUGAGGAAAUAUGUCUUCCUAAGGGCCUCUUUCCAACAGCUGUUGUAGAAAUUGGCUGUAACAGAUCCUCUGGAUUUGUUUGGGCCAAGCAUAAGAAGCAAGUGCAGUACAAAUUUAAGCGCAUUAACAAGACUAUCUCCUAUGAUGUUGAAGUUGCAGCAUUUUUUGAGAAACAUCGCUUGAGAAAUAUAACUGGUGUUAGGACUAAGGAACUGUUACUUUGGGUCAACAUCUCUGAUAUAGUCAUCAACGAUCCUUCUUCAGGAAAGAUCAAGUUUCAGGUCCCCAAUGGCAUGUGUCGUAUGUUACCUACUUCUGCAUUUGAGCUGGAAGAGAAUAAGGUUCUUGGCCAGGAGAAGUAA